UAUCUGAUUUUUUUGCCAAAAUGAGUUUUUUGUGACUUCCUAUCGCAAUCUAUGCUAGGCAUGUCUCGUAAGCGCAGUUUUCAGCAUAGAACAACAGUUUAGCGCGAUAUUUAGUCUUGAAAUUUCUCCCACCUAAAUGGUCUAGGGAAAAAGGAUUGCAAUACCUCCUAUGUCGCAGUUAUGAAUGGGUGAUGAUACGGUUCACGUCGUGACUUGUAUACCAGCCGUCUAUUCACUGAUUCAUUAUCAUCACAAGUGGGAGAUUUUACUUGGUGCGAAAAUUUGGCAGGAAUACGUAAAGGACGCUAAUAGGAGAUAUUGCCAUGACUUCCCGGGGAAGAAAAAUAUUGGCCUUAGUCAAUCAGGAACAUGA